AUGCUUGAGGACGACACUGUCCCUCAAGACUACCUUCCCUCCUACGAGACGGCGAUGGCCGAGAGCACGAGGCAGCAGAGAAACAGCGUGAACUCUGAUGGCAGAAUCGACGUGAACCUCGACUCCCGCCUCGCGACAACCCUCGCUCGCUUCGUCCCCGACUUCAAAGACCCCUCCAUCGCCGCGGCAACAGCAGCCCAAGGCCCCCCUCCAGAAUACGUCGAGGCAGCAGCGCGCUUCGCAGACAAGAAGAACUUCCCAGUCAAGCUCAACAUCGUCAUCCAGGUCGUCGGCAGUCGUGGAGACGUCCAGCCCUUCAUCGCGCUUGGCAAUGAGCUCCAGACGUACGGCCACCGCGUGCGCUUAGCGACCCACGAUGUCUUCGAUUCGUUUGUACGAAAAUCGAACCUAGAGUUCUACCCCAUCGGCGGCGACCCCUCCGAGUUGAUGGCCUACAUGGUCAAGAAUCCCGGCCUGAUCCCCAGCUUGAAGAGCCUGAAGGGCGGCGACAUCCAGAAGAAACGCAAGAUGGUCAAGGAAAUGUUGGAAGGAUGCUGGAAGUCGUGUAUCGAACCAGACACCCUCACGGGAAGGCCGUUUGUCGCGGAUGCCAUCAUCGCGAACCCACCUAGCUUUGCGCAUGUCCAUUGCGCGCAAGCAUUGAGUGUGCCACUGCACUUGAUGUUCACCAUGCCAUGGAGCAGCACGAGAGCUUUCCCCCAUCCGCUGGCGAACCUGAAGUUUGGAGAGAAGGGCGUCGUUGACCAGAGCACGGCCAACUUUGUGUCCUACAGCAUCGUCGAGUGGUUGACGUGGCAAGGUUUGGGAGACGUAAUCAAUGAAUGGCGGAAGACGAUAGAUCUCGAAGAAGUACCAUUCUCCGAAGGCCCAGUUCUUGCGGAGGUACAGAAGAUCCCCUUUACCUAUUGCUGGUCUCCAGCUUUAGUGCCGAAGCCAGAAGACUGGCCUGCUUACAUUGAUGUAUGUGGUUUCUUCUUCCGCGAGCCACCUCAGUACACGCCUCCUCCCGACUUGGCGGAGUUCCUUGCAAAGGGUCCAACUCCGAUCUACAUUGGCUUCGGGAGCAUCGUGAUUGAUCACCCCGAAGAGAUGACAAAAACAUUGGUUGAGGCGGUUCGUGCUACGGGCGUUCGUGCCAUCAUAUCCAAGGGGUGGAGUAAUCUCGGAGGCAUCGAGGCCGACGACGUGUUCUUCCUGGGUGACUGCCCACACGAGUGGCUCUUUGCGAACGUAGCGGCAGUCUUUCAUCACGGCGGUGCAGGAACAACAGCGUGUGGUCUUCUGAACGGUAGACCAACCACGAUCGUGCCGUUCUUUGGAGAUCAACCCUUUUGGGGAGACAUGGUUGCCAUCGCGGGCGCCGGACCGAAGCCAAUACCACACAAGCAGCUGAAUGUCGAGAAUCUCUCCGAAGCCAUCCGGUUUUGUCUCACGCCAGAAGCACUGGCAGCCGCUGGUGAGCUCGCGGCGAAGAUGAGGACAGAAAAUGGCGUAGCGACAGCGGUGAAGUCUUUCCACGCCAAUCUGCCUCUCGAAGACCUUCCUUGCGACAUCUUUCCGGAUCAACCUGCGACGUGGGAGUACAAAAGGGGCAAGAAACACGUCAAGCUGUCCAAAAAAGCGGCCGGUAUUCUCCUCGACCACCUCAAAAUUGGCCAAAAGAAUAUGUCACCACACGACACGAGAAGCAUCAUUAUCGAGAACCGGCGAUGGGACCCAGUCACCGGUGCCAGUUCAGCACUUCUUGGAGCUGCGACAGGAAUGUUCAAGGGCGCAACGGACAUCGUCGUCAAGCCUGUGCAAACGUACCACGAACGAUCGAAGAUGAAGUCGGCCGAGAUGGAAGAUACCAUUAGCAGCGGCAGCCAGACACCGACGCGAUCCGCAUCCGCCAGCCUCGCUCCCCCGUCAUCUGAGGCGCUUGAACGCCCACGAAGCGCGGGCCCCGGCAGUAGCAGUGGUAGCACCAGUGCUAGCGGAAGCACCACCGGCGCCGUUUUGAAAGCCUCGGCUUCGGGUGUCGGUGGCUUCUUCAAGGCUUAUGGCAAAUUCUACCUCGACGUGCCGCUUGCCGUGACGGACGGUCUGCGAAACGUGCCCAAGCUGUAUGGAGAAAAGGUCGAGCAGCGGAAGCCGAUCAACGACUGGAAGUCUGGUACCAUCGAGGGAGGAAAGCACUUCGUUGUCGGUCUGAGUGAGGGUUUUGCCGACCUGUUUGUGCAGCCGUAUAAGGGAGGACGUGAUGGAGGCGCAGCUGGGGCGGCCUUGGGAGUCGGCAAGGGUGUUCUGAAUAUGGCCACCAAGACGGCAUCAGCAACAUUGGGAAUCGUGGCGUAUCCUGGACAGGGUAUCUACAAGAGCAUACGAACAGCCGUUCAUUCGAAGACGCGCCGCAACAUUGCUGCAGCUAGACAAGCAGAAGGCGAGUACUUGGCUAGCAACAGUAACUUCGAGGUGCAGGCAGUAUUACACAGAUUUGAUACGUUGUGCCGUAUUAGCGAAGAGAAGAAAGAGAAGAAGGGACGCAAGAGUGACGAGCCGGAGCUGAUGGAGAGACAGACAUACUAG